AUGGGAGAAACAACACAACAAAUAGUUGUAAAAGAUAUUGAAAUUGAAGUUGGAAAUAACCAAAAAACUAAUGAGUCCGAAACAACAAUCCAAAAGGAACUCCAACUUAAAAAACAAAGACAAUGGAGAACACUUUUAUGUUUCCUUACUAUUAUUUUGAUUGCUUUAAUUGCAACUUGUGCAGCCACUUUUGUUAAUAAAUUAAAAUAA